AGCCAGGGAAGUACGGUCCUGCUUGUGACAGGUCCUGUGAUGACCGAAAUUGUGCUUCUACAAAUAGUAAUUCAUGCCCUACAGUAACAGGGAAGUGUUCAGGCGGGUGUCAACCAGGAUGGAAAGGAGAUGACUGCACACAAGCUUGUCCUCCAGAAACGUAUGGUUCCGGGUGUGCAAACAAUUGUUCAUCUAGUCAUUGUGAGGGAAAUUCGACUUGUAAUCAUACAAAUGGGACAUGUGACAACGGUUGUCAGUCUGGAUGGGCUGGAGUCGAUUGUACAGUAUGUGAGCCAGGGAAGUACGGUCCUGCUUGUAACAAGACAUGUGAUGACCGAUAUUGUGCUUCUACAACAAAUAAUUCAUGCCCUACAUAUACAGGGAAGUGUUCAGAAGGAUGUCAACCAGGAUGGAAAGGAGAUGACUGCACACAAGCUUGUCCUCCAGAAACGUAUGGACCCGGGUGUGCAAACAAUUGUUCAUCUAGUCAUUGUGAGGGAAAUUCUACUUGUAAUCAAACAAGUGGGACAUGUGACACCAGUUGUCAACCUGGAUGGACUGGAGUCGAUUGCACAGUAUGUGAGCCAAGGAAGUACGGACCUGCUUGUAACAAGUCAUGCGAUGACCGAAAUUGUGCUUCUACAACAAAUAAUUCAUGCCCUACAGAUACAGGGAAGUGUUCAGAAGGAUGUCAACCAGGAUGGAAAGGAGAUGACUGCGCACAAGCUUGUCCUCCAGAAACGUAUGGAUCCGGGUGUGCAAGCAAUUGUUCAUCUAGUCAUUGUGAGGGAAAUUCUACUUGUAAUCAAACAAGUGGGACAUGUGAGACCAGUUGUCAACCUGGAUGGACUGGAGUCGAUUGCACAGUAUGUGAGCCAUGGAAGUACGGUCCUGCUUGUAACAAGACAUGUGAUGACCGAAAGUGUGCUUCUACAAAACAUAGUUCAUGCCCUACAGAUACAGGGAGGUGUUCAGAAGGAUGUCAACCAGGAUGGAAAGGGGAUGACUGCACACAAGUAUGUGAGCCAUGGAAGUACGGUCCUGCUUGUAACAAGAGAUGUGAUGACCGAAAGUGUGCUUCUACAAAAAAUAGUUCAUGCCCUACAGAUACAGGGAGGUGUUCAGAAGGAUGUCAACCAGGAUGGAAAGGGGAUGACUGCACACAAGUAUGUGAGCCAUGGAAGUACGGUCCUGCUUGUAACAAGAGAUGUGAUGACCGAAAGUGUGCUUCUACAAAAAAUAGUUCAUGCCCUACAGAUACAGGGAGGUGUUCAGAAGGAUGUCAACCAGGAUGGAAAGGGGAUGACUGCACACAAGUAUGUGAGCCAUGGAAGUACGGUCCUGCUUGUAACAAGAGAUGUGAUGACCGAAAGUGUGCUUCUACAAAAAAUAGUUCAUGCCCUACAGAUACAGGGAGGUGUUCAGAAGGAUGUCAACCAGGAUGGAAAGGGGAUGACUGCACACAAGUGCUUUAAACCCUAG